CUUAGCUUGGGAGUCUGAGCCUGAAGCGCAACGAUGGCUGAGGCAGAUCCCAGCUCCUUCGCCUCUCCCGACUGCUGCCGUACCCACCACCUUUACUUGCGCUGCCGCGUGGACUUCGAAAGCCGCUCUUUGCGGGGGACCGCGGCCCUCACUGUGCGGGCAGAACGCGACAACCUGCGUUGCUUGGUUUUGGACACAAAAGAUCUAACAAUACAUAAAGUGGUUGUCAAUGGACAGGAGACAACAUUUGCACUUGGACAACGUCAUCGCUUCAAAGGAGCACCAAUGGAAAUCACACUACCUUUUCAGCUGGGGAAGGGGCAAGAUGUGGUUGUAGAGAUCUCAUUUGAAACUUCUCCAAGCUCUUCAGCACUCCAGUGGCUUGCUCCAGAACAAACAUCUGGAAGAAGACAUCCAUUUCUCUUCAGUCAGUGUCAGGCUCAUCACUGCAGAGCUGUUCUUCCCUGCCAGGAUACUCCUUCUGUGAAAUUAACGUACUAUGCAGAGAUAUCUGUACCAAAUGAGCUGGUGGCUCUUAUGAGUGCUAAAAGAGACGGAGACAUGCCUGAUCCAGAAGACAGCACUAGGAAAAUAUAUCGUUUCAAUCAAACGGUUCCAAUACCCAGUUACUUGAUUGCUUUAGUCGUUGGUGCUUUGGAAAGCAGAGAAAUUGGCCCUAGAACCUUGGUAUGGGCUGAAAAGGAGUUGGUGGAAAAAUCGGCUUAUGAAUUUGCAGAGACUGAAGCCAUGUUGAAAAUAGCAGAAGACCUUGCAGGACCUUAUAUGUGGGGUCAGUACGACUUGUUAGUUUUGCCACCUUCAUUUCCAUAUGGUGGUAUGGAGAAUCCCUGCCUCACUUUUGUGACUCCUACAUUACUGGCUGGUGACAGAUCACUCUCCAAUGUUAUUGCUCAUGAAAUUUCUCAUAGCUGGACAGGGAAUUUGGUAACAAACAAAACAUGGGAGCAUUUUUGGCUAAAUGAAGGACACACUGUUUACCUGGAGCGCCGGAUUGGGGGUCGCCUCUUUGGUGAACAGUUCAGACAUUUCCAGGCUCUGGGAGGCUGGAGAGAAUUACAAAAUACUAUAAAUACGCUUGGAGGCACAAAUCCUUUGACUAAUCUGAUCCCUAAUCUGAAAGAAGUAGACCCUGAUGUUGCAUAUUCUUCAGUUCCAUAUGAGAAAGGUUCUGCUUUACUACUUCAUCUUGAACAACUUCUUGGAGGACCAGAUAUCUUCAUUGGCUUCUUGAGGGCUUACAUCCAGCAGUUUGCAUACAAGAGUGUAAUGACUGAUGAUUGGAAGAAUUUCCUGUACUCCUAUUUCAAGGAUAAGGUCGACGUUCUUGAUACAGUGGACUGGAAUGCAUGGUUGAACACCCCUGGUAUGCCACCAGUAAAACCAACGUAUGAUAUGACUCUGUCAAAUGCUUGUGUGGCCUUGAGCCAGAGAUGGAUAAAAGCCAAUGAAAGUGACCUUAGCUCCUUCAGCUCAGCUGAUACAAAACAAAUGUCCUCACACCAGCUUAUUGAAUUCCUUGCACUAUUGUUGUUGGAGAAUCCUCUUCCAGUGAGCCAUGUAAGACGAAUGCAGGAAGUUUACAACUUCAAUGAGGUGAACAACUCUGAAAUUAGAUUCAGGUGGCUGCGGCUCUGCAUCCAAGCCAGAUGGGAAAAUGCCAUUCCUCUAGCUCUAAAGAUGGCUACAGAACAAGGCAGAAUGAAGUUUACUCGCCCUUUGUUUAAGGAUCUCUAUAAAUUUGAGCAGUCACGUGUUCAAGCUGUCAAUGCUUUCCAGCAGCAUCGAGCUGAAAUGCACCCAGUGACUGCAAUGUUGGUUGCCAGAGACUUGGAAGUGGCUGGACAAACAGUCUAAGCUUUACAGAAUUCUAAGGACUAACUUCUGCAAAAUCGCUCUCCCUGUCCAAUCAUGAUAACUUGCAUGCUUGAUUACUAACCCAGCUUUUUGUUCUGAAACUGAAAAAAAUAAGACUUUUAUGCUGGUAAUGUACAACUUCAAUCUUGUGCUGCCUCUAAAAUUUUAAAAAACUGAAAGCUUUAAAAAUAUUUUGACAUGGUAUUUGAUAGUGCACCAUUUUGCUACCUAUAAUACUUAUUUGAAGUAAUAAAUCUUUUUGAUAGAUCAACGUGUUUCCAUAAACACAAUUAAACUUGUACACCUUAAUGCUAUGCAGAACUAACUUGCAAUUUGUUAACAACAUAUUCUGCUGAUACUCUGCUUUUUUAAAACAAAGUCCUCUGAGUAAUUUUCACAUAGUGCUGGUUGGUAACUAGACAAGAUAGUAUUACUGGUGAAUUACUUAUGAAUGCCUUGCUCAAUCUUCUCUCCUUUGUAGAGAAGUCAGCGGCAUGCCCUUCGCUUAACAGAAGUUAAGGAAUGAGUCUGUACCACCUGGCUAAAGGAUGUGGGCAGAGACCAGAACAACCAUUCGGCAUGUGUAGCUGGCUUCCUCUAAUCAAGAAGUUUCUCCCUGAGUAGAGUUCUUUUGUGGGGAUUGCUGGGAAGUAUGAGUGACCAUGAUAAAGACUGUACACCAAUCAGUUCCUUGCCUGUGAAGGUGGUCUAAUGUGUACAUGGGCAUCAUUCACUUCAGUGUUCGAGUUACAUGUCCUGAACAUCCUGUUGUACAUGUAGAGACCUGCAUAAGGAGUACAAGCAGAGGAUUUCCUGUGGAGCUUUGUGUAUGGGAGUAUAAGCUUGUUAAAAUUUCUUAACUGUUUAUCAGUUUGAUUUAAACUAGUACAUCUCUUAAAAUCUAGUGACUGCACACAUUUCUGUUGUACACAGCUAUUAAAUGUAUUGUUUGAAUUCAGAAAUAGAAAUGAUUGUAUGCCAGAUAAAUCCAUGCUUAGCACUGUCAGUCUUGCUACCCGAAGAACGCUUGUUUAGAUUGCUAUAGUCUAAAGGUUAUGUUUUAAUAGUUACUUCAUAAAGUACACUCAUGAUUGACCUCGAGGUUCGCAGAUCAUGCAAAUAAUACAUUUGGAUAGCAUUUCAUUACAUCAUAUUGUACUUUUAAUACCAGAGGGUGAACUCUAUUUUCUAGACAACUAAUUUUCAUGGUCAGGUCCAGAUGGAUUAUGAGCACAGUGACUUCUUUAUAAGCAAUAACAAGUUGUUGUAAUAGCUUAGAAACAUUACAGGCUAAAUUAUUCUUGUUGAUAUUUAGUGAGACGUAAGUCUAGAUAGGAGGGACUGGUGAGGAUGGCAGUCAUGAGUAAAUUUUCGCCCUGUUGGCAGCUGCUUUGGCUUUGUUUGGAAAUGUAAAUCUUUUGGAUAAACAUCGUUAUUAUUUUUCA